CCCUGUGAUGGUGGCAGGAUGCCGCGCACGCCGGCCUCCAGCGAGGAGGAGGAGGGUCGGGGCUCCGAGUACCCCGAAGGCGAUUCGGAUUCGGGCAGUUCCCGCGAGGGCCCCCCCGGAACAAAUCCCGGCCCCCCCCGGACACGGGGACCCCCCCGACCCCCCCCGGCCCCCGACGACACCCACUUCAGCAUGAUGGUCUUCCGCAUCGGCAUCCCCGACCUGCACCAGACGAAGUGCCUGCGCUUCGACCCGGGGGCGGCGGUGUGGGCGGCCAAGCAGCAGCUGCUCUGUGCCCUGACCGAGGGGCUCCACGACGGCCUCAACUACGGCCUCUUCCAGCCGGCGGCCGCCGGCCGCGACGCCAAAUUCCUGGACGAGGAGCGGCCCCUGCGCGACUACCCCCAGAGCUUCGACCAGGGCGUGCCCUACCUCGAGUUCCGGUACAAGACCCGGGUGUACAAACAGACCAACCUGGACGAGAAGCAGCUGGCCAAGCUCCACACCAAGACGGGGCUGCGGAAGUUCCUGGACUACGUGCAGCACGGCUCGGCCGAGAAGGUGGCCCGGCUGCUGGAUCGGGGGCUGGACCCCAACUACCACGACUCCGACUCGGGGGAGACGCCGCUGACGCUGGCGGCGCAGCGGGAGGGCCCGGGGGAGGUGGAGAUCAUCCGCCUGCUCUGCCUGGGGGGGGCCCACCUCGACUUCCGCGCCCGCGACGGGGCCACCGCGCUGCACCGCGCCGUCUGCACCCGCCGCUACCCCGCCCUGCUGGCGCUGCUGGACCUGGGGGGGUCCCCGAACUACAAGGACCGGCGGGGGCUGACGCCGCUCUACCACACGGCCAUGGUGGGGGGCGACCCCCGCUGCUGCGAGCUCCUGCUCUUCCACCGCGCCACCAUCGGCACCGUCGACGAGAACGGCUGGCAGGAGAUCCACCAGGCGUGCCAGCACGGCCACUCGCAGCACCUGGAGCAUUUGCUGUUCUAUGGGGCGGAGGCGGCGGCGCAGAACGCGUCCGGGAACACGGCGCUGCACAUCUGCGCCCUCUACAACAAGGAGAGCUGCGCCCGCAUCCUGCUCUACCGCGGGGCCAACAAGGAGGUGAAGAACAACAGCGGGCAGACGCCAUUCCAG